AUGACGAUGAAGUUGGCUGUUGUGCAAUUCUUCAUUAUUUCUCUUCUCCUCUCAUCUUCUUUGUUCAUGUUUACAAACGCAGAUUCGUCACCAUGCAAUGGAAAGUGCAACGUGAGAUGUUCAAAGGCAGGAAGACAAGAUCGGUGUCUCAAGUACUGCAAUCUAUGUUGCGAGAAGUGUAACUAUUGUGUUCCCUCAGGAACUUAUGGAAACAAAGAUGAGUGUCCUUGUUACCGCGACUUAAAGAACUCCAAAGGCCAGCCCAAAUGUCCUUGA